AAAGUGAAGAGGAUUUGCUGGCCCUGGCCGCGUCACGGCUGAGCCGCCGCAAGCGGGUGGCGGGCGCAGCCGUCGGGGUGGCCAUGGUGCUGCUGCUGCUGGUAGCCAUCCCGCUACUGGUGCACAGCUCUCGCGGACCAACACACUAUGAGAUGCUAGGUCGCUGUCGCAUGGUGUGUGACCCCCAUGCAUCCCGAGGCCAAGGCCCCGACGGCGCGCCCGCCUCUGUGCCUCCCUUACCUCCAGGUGCCAAGGGAGAGGUGGGGCGGCGAGGGAAGGCAGGCCUGCGGGGGCCACCAGGACCCCCAGGUCCCAGAGGGCCUCCUGGAGAGCCAGGCAGGCCAGGUCCCCCAGGUCCUCCUGGCCCAGGCCCUGGAGGGGCAGCGCCCCCUGCCGGCUAUGUACCCCGAAUUGCCUUCUACGCGGGUCUAAGGCGGCCUCACGAGGGUUAUGAAGUGUUGCGCUUUGACGACGUGGUGACCAACGUAGGCAACGCUUACGAGGCAGCCAGCGGCAAGUUCACCUGUCCCAUGCCAGGCGUCUACUUCUUCGCUUACCAUGUGCUCAUGCGCGGAGGUGACGGUACCAGCAUGUGGGCCGAUCUGAUGAAGAAUGGACAGGUCCGGGCCAGCGCCAUCGCUCAGGAUGCAGAUCAGAACUACGACUAUGCCAGCAACAGCGUCAUUCUGCACCUAGAUGUGGGUGACGAGGUCUUCAUCAAGUUGGACGGUGGGAAGGUGCACGGCGGUAACACUAACAAGUACAGCACCUUCUCGGGAUUCAUCAUCUACCCGGACUGAGCCCAGCACCUUUUCCUACUCUCAUGUUCCUUCGCCCGCGCCCUCGACCCUUCGUUCUAAUCCAGACCCAUCUCCGCUAGCCCUAUCCAAGGCCCCAUCCUCAGAGCCUGCGGACUCGCCCGCUCCCCAGGCCACCUAAAUGGGGGCGAUUGGAUUCUUGGGCUUAAGGAUUUUAAGUGGCUAGGGGAGUCUAGAGAUGGGAAAGCCAGGAUGAAGAGAACCGCUUAGGGAGGGACUAUCGUGUGAUCCAAUGAAACGGGUCAGAGAGACUUGUGUGUGGCCCUCCCUUCUGCCUGGAGCUGGGGGAAGCUUCUCUAAUGGAAAUCAAAGUCUCACAGGGAAAAGGGGACGUCCUGACAGCUUGGGAGGAAAGGGCGGAAGCAGAAGGAACCUGUCUAGGUGAGAAGAGACUCUGGCAGGUUAGAUAGGAACCUCAGUAGCCACUUUCUUUCCCUUCCCCUCCCCCAUCUCCAUUUUUCUGGCUCCAACCACAGGCAGCUUUCCUGUGAACUGAAGGACUUCCUAGCAUUAAGAACUCAUUUUGUACAGUUCCCAUUC